UCAGUUCACAGUGACGGAAAUUUCUUCUUUUCCAAGUUCAUUCAUUUCUUUCCUCUUCUUCUUUGAGUUCUUUCAUUUCUUUCUGAAAGGCGAAACUUCAUAUUCAGCGAUUCCGUUUUGUCUGGUAGUUUACUUGUGGAGCCUUUUUGAUUCCUCACGCUUGCACGCCCUUGACUCUUGCCUCUCCGUCCAUCUUGGUGAAUGAUUUUCUGUCACUUUUCUCGGCCAUAACUACGACCAUCAAAUGUUUGGUGGUUGUCUGAUAAUGCCUUUCCACACUUCGAGCUAUCCAUCCCACAACUUGGGCUAUGUAAACACGCAUAGAGCCCUUCCUAAGACAAGAUCACAAUCAAAUCGUGUUCUAGCUACACCCCCAUUUUCAUAUCUCUUGCACACAGAUGAAAGCGGGAAAUUUUCUGAAUCCAACGAAGGUUCUGGUUCAAAUACAGCUUCUACAACUGGUGAUUGUGCUAUUAAUCUGGAAAACACAGUCGGCAUAAUUGGAGGGGUGUCAGUGAAUUCUACGCUGAAAUUCUUGAGAAAGCUAGUGCAAUGGGGUUCGAAAGACGAAAAUACUGUUCCUUUUGUGCUUUGCUCUGAUCCCGUGUUGAGUAAGGAGCUUCUGUUACACGAGAGGAGUUCUUUGCCUUCUCUUAGUAGUGGCAAAGACAAGCAUGCCCAGUUAGAUUCUACACCCAUCGUGGAGAGUCUGAGAAGUAAAAGGACUUUCCUGGAAAAUUCAGGAGCUCGUUGCAUAGUGAUGCCAUGUCAUGUGUCGCAUUCUUGGCAUGAAGAAGUUUUUAAGGGGUCUGCUGUUCCCUUCUUGCACAUGGGAGAGUGCAUCGCAAGGCAGCUCAAGGAAGCCAAGUUGAAGCCACUUGAAGCUGGAAGUCCUCUGCGGAUCGGUGUACUUGCAACCAGCACAACGUUGAACGCGGGAUUUUAUCAGGAAAAACUGCAGAAUGAGGGAUUUGAGGUUGUGCUUCCAGAUAAAGCAACCAUGGAACAUGCUGUAAUUCCUGCUAUUGAUGCCAUAAGUAGAAACGACACAGAAGGAGCUCGGACUUUGUUAAGAAUUGCGGUCCAAGUUCUUCUGGUGAGGGCUGUUAAUUCUGUGAUUCUUGCCUCGGAGGAUAUGAGGGAUCUUUUGCCUCGGGAUGAUCCUCUUCUUAAGAAAUGUGUUGACCCCAUGGAUGCAUUGGCCUGGUCAACUAUCAAGUGGGCUCAAUCUGCCGAGAAAGCUGCAUAAAGAUGUACAGUUUAGCAUUCAAAUUUACUUGUAGGAACUUUGGUUGUGGUGUAAAAUUUCAUUUUGUUUUGCUAUUCUGAAGUUAGUGGAACAUUUGUAAUGAAAACUUUUUCUUGUAUUCGAUUGAGAGUUGUUGUAAGAAACAAUUCUGUUAAGGAUCAUAUUGAAAAGAGUAGCUAAUUGGUCUACUCGACAUUUAAGCAUAGAAAUCCUUGUGUUGUACUUCUUGAUGAAAUUCGAACUCUUCAU